CCAAGAGCUCGCUCUGUCGGCCUCAUCUCGAAGUCAUCUUCAUUGCUGAUGACGCUAUCUGUGCUCCCGCAGCACCAGGCGGUUCCUCCCUCAUGUCAUCAUGGAGCAUUCGAAAAACCGCGUUUUCGCCUCGGAACUCCUGGCCUCAGUGGCUCUGGAGGCAUCCAAUGUUCUCUUUCCCAUCGCCGUCGCGAACAAGAGCGCUUUAGCGGCCAACAUUGCCUCUCGACUUUUCUACAUCGCACCACAUUUGUCGACUCAGGGUCUCUAUCAACUUCCGCCGGACACUCAAAAUCUUUCUCUGCGGGCGCUGCAUGAUCUAUUAGAAAUCUGCAAGUGGCAAACGCUUUCAGCUCCGAGGGGACGCCUCUAUUUGAAGAAGAGCCCCCAGGAGCUGCGCGAUGUUCUCGUUCAACUGUUUAAAGUCGAAGAUUCGAAAGAUCGAGUGCGGCAAUCAAUUACCAAGUUUUGCAAAGAACGACCCGGUACCAUCGAGCCUUUCCUAUCACGUUUUAUCGAGCUUUCCGACAGACUCACGAAGAAUGCACGGGAACUGCAGGGUACUACUGCUGAUUUCGACGCUUACUCACACCUAAGGCCUCUUGCGAGGGAUCUGUAUCCCGAUGGAGUUCACAAGCUGCUCCUCAAUGGAGUCAAGAGCCAUGCAUCUUGUGUGCAAGAAUAUCAUGUGAUGCCGGUGCUCGAGGGUUCAACGGAAAAUGAUUGGCACCUCACCAGGCUCUGCCUCAACUCUGGAUUUCGCUCCAAAAACCAACUGGCCCUUUUCAACAUAAUAAUCGCAACUUCGAAGAUGACUUACUGGCAGGAAGUCGCCAUCAGCGUUCCAAUAAAAGAUCUCGAACCAAAAGCCACGCAGAAGUUCCAGCAGGACAACAGAGUCGACUCUGAUCCUUCUGAGUCAUCCUUGAUGGAGUAUGGUGAAAUGUGCAAGCAUCUCGAAAAUCCAAACUAUGCGAAAAUUUAUCUGGAUCUGGAUGAAGACUGCCAUCUUUACGAACGGCGAGAACCCGGGCAGCUUCAGCAUAUUAUAUCAGGUUGUGGCGUCCCACUUUCGGAAUUGUUCAACCUGACCGAAUUUACGGUCGAGCACAAGAUCAAGUUGUCUUAUGUCAUAGCUCGAGCCUUCUGGCGGUUUUAUAAUUCGGAACUAAUGAACGCUAGAUGGACAAGUGAAGACAUCUUUUUCAUCCCUCUCGAUGGGAAAUUCUCACCGUCAGAAAAAAUCCCCCUGAGAGCCUUCAUUUCGUUCCCUUUCGGGUCCCGGUACAAGGAAUCGCCAGCAGAGUUUUACGACAAGGAUCAGUACACUCAUCGGUAUCCACGAAUACUCUACUUGGGUAUUGUUCUUCUGGAAAUCGGCCUUGGUCAGGCACUGGGACUGGAACACGACCCAAAACUCAGCCUUCUCGCACAUACAAACACGGCCCAUGUCAAAGCCAAGAUGAAGGUGAAGGAAUUGAAGGAUGCGAGGUGGGAUGGCUUUCGGUGGAAGGACUACUUUAUAGAAGCCGUUGAGAGCUGUUUGGACUCUGCCAGCUUCAAAGAGACUGCAGAACGCCGAAAAUCCCGACACCGAAGCCAUUCGGGUGAUGACAAUGAAGACGCCAAGGAUUCGCCGCUGUCAGAAAGGAGAGAUGCUCUGUACCGAAAGGUUGUCCGCCCCUUGUUUUGGUUAGCUACGGUAGGAUUCGAGGACACGGAAGAAAUGCCAUUGGUCCCAAUACGGAAGAAAAUACGCCGCAAAUCGAUGUUGGCGGACAAUGAGGAGCUCCAAUGCUUCUGGAGGGAAACUAGCACACACCCUGCGUUCCACUCUGGCCAUUCAAGCAGUACAGAGGGGUUCCUUCAGGAUCUCCAGGUUAUAGCGAGGCACAUAACGCGCUGUCGACGACUGGCGAAGAUCGAAAACCCCGUUCGAGUUGCGAUCCUGGAUACCGGAUGCAAGGCAGAUCUGCCUUUCUUUCAAAAUUCCCAAAGGUCAAACAGGCUUAAGCGCUGGAAGGACUUCGCCGCUGCAGGAUCAAAGAGAGAAAUUGAUACGUUUGGCCACGGCACAUUCAUGGCACGACUGCUCAUGCAUGUUGCGCCAAUAGUCGACAUCUACUUGAUUCGUGUGGCAGAGAAUACUGAUGACUUGGAGAACAACGAGGAGAAUAUUGCCCAGGCAAUCGAGCACGCGGGAUUAGACCCUGAAUGGAAAGUUGAUGUCAUUUCCAUGUCCUUUGGGUUCCCUGAUAAGCCCGGGAGGACACAUACGGUCAUUUCAGAUGCCAUCGAAAAAGUCAGAAAGGAUCGUAAUGGUUCCGUAUUGUUUCUCGCAAGCGCUGGGAACUCGUGGGAUAGAAGGAAAGAUUUCCCAGCCAGUCACAAAGACGUCAUACCCAUCCAUGCCGCCGAUUCGGAAGGAGUUUUCUUACGGUCAAAUCCUACCCAUCCUGGAAAAGGGCCUAUGAAACUUGGCACUUACGGCACAAACAUCCCGCCGUCCAUCACCAAAGAAAUCCAAGAUCAUUUCCCCAAAGUGGAUCUCGGCGCAGGAACGUCGAUUGCUACCGCGAUUGCGGCUGGGAUUGUCGCCAUGACCCUCUCGUACAUCGCAGCACUGCCGUCUCUGCUCAAACUCAAGGGAUCUGAAGAGGAGUGCGCUAAGCUUUACACGAAGAGAGGGAUGGAGCGGAUGCUGCAUGCCAUGUCGCUAAAUACUGGCUAUCGAGAGCAAUUUAUCAACCCCAUAUGGUAUUGGGGAGAGAAAGAGAAAGAUUUGCAAGUUUUUGUUUCCGUUUGCCGGGUGGUUGAAGAAAUGAAUAACGAGGAAUAGUCCACGUAUGCUAGCGUAGCAAGCUGCUGGUUUCAUGAAUAAGAAUUACAUGUUAUUACCGG